CAAAAAAUUGUAGACUCUUCAUUACCAUUUGUAAGUCAGUACGGAUGGUCAUCUCAGGCUAUAGCUGAAGGUGCAAAAGUGGUUGGACUAUCUUCAGCAGCACAAGGUUUGCUACCUCGUGGUGGUAGCGAUCUUGUCUUACAUUUCAUCGAAAAGUGUAAUGGAGAGCUGGUCGAGUACAUGAAAAAUGCUAAAAACAAUGCUAAUGAGUUAAAAACAGGAACAGUGUUUAUUCGAGAUGCAGUGGAAUAUAGGCUUCGGAUGAUUAUCCCUUAUAUGAAAAAAUGGCCUCAGGCUAUGGGGUUAAUGCUAAUGCCAGAAAAUGCGCCUGAUGCUUUAUGUAGUGGUGCUGUCAUGGUCGAUGAUAUAUGGUAUUAUGCUGGUGAUAGGUCCGCUGAUUUCAAUUGGUAUACUAAAAGGGCAAUUUUAGGCAAGAUCUAUUACGCAACUGAGGUAUACAUGAUACGAGAUAAGUCUGAAGAUUAUGCGAAAACAUGGCAAUUUCUCGAUAGCAGAUUUCAUGAU